GACCGCAGGGGCUAGACAGCCGGCGCGGGAGGAGGAUGGCGCUGGCGGUGCUGCGCUUGGCGCUGCUGCUCCUGGCAGUUACCUUCGCAGGUAGCGCUCGGAGCGGUCCUGGCGAGCGGGGACCUCCGGAUAAAAGCGGGAUUGGGAGUCAGGCCGGCGGCGGACCCUGCCCGGCUCCGGGCGGCCUCGGCGACGGUACCCGCGCGCCCGUUACUGGCGGUUCCCCAGAGGACCUGCCAGGUGGAGGAACGCGAACUGGGGGUUGUGGGGGUGGCUUUGUGGAGUCAGCCACCCUCUUUAGUUCUUGCUUGGGCUUCGCUCCCAGCUCCUCUCUGAUCCCUCAAGUUGGUCUGUUUUCAAAAUAUAGAACGCCAAACUGCUCUCAGUAUAGAUUACCAGGAUGUCCCAGACACUUUAACCCUGUGUGUGGCAGUGACAUGUCCACUUAUGCCAAUGAAUGUACUCUGUGCAUGAAAAUCAGGGAAGGUGGUCAUAAUAUUAAAAUCAUUCGAAAUGGACCCUGCUGAUGGAGCAGUGUACAGAAAAGAAGAUGGAGAGACCACCUUCACUGGCAGACUAGAUAAAUUGCAUUUCCCCUUUUUCCCUUUUCCUGUGUUUCUUUACAUGAGAUUUGUUAACACACAUUUUCUGAGAGCAGGUAUGGAAGACAGCCAUGUGUAGUGAUGGAUAAUUUAAAGAAAAAAAGAAUCCUUGUUUCUUGGCUUUUGCUCCUGGAGUUAAGCUUACUGCCCAGGUGACUUGUGCAUUGCUUUAUUUAGUUGAAAUAAAAUCAGCAUUGAAUUCA